AUGCCAGAUACGAAUUCACGUCCUCUUGAUCCUAAAGAAGAGAUACGUCUAUCUAAACUGCUUUCUUAUCUAUUACGACAUGGUGCUGUCAAGGAAAAGCUAAACAUAUCUUCUGACGGUUUCGUGGCUGUGAAUGAUAUAUUGGCUCGACCUAAAUUCAAGCAUGUCACAUUUGAGCAGAUGCAGUACCUUGUUGAUCACAGUGACAAAAAAAGAUAUGAGCUUGUGCAAACACCAGCAGGAGAAUGGCUUGUGCGAGCAAGUCAAGGACAUUCAUUGAAAGCGAUCCAGCCGGAUGACUUGAUGGAGAAGGUCACAGGGCCAGUAGAUACACCUGUUAUUCAUGGCACAACAUUGCAAGCAUGGGACCAAAUCAAACAGCAGGGAAUAUCCAAAAUGGGUCGCAAUCACAUUCAUUUCGCAGUGGGUUUGCCUAAUGAUCCCAAUGUCAAGAGUGGGAUUCGAAAGAGUAGCCAGGUGUUUAUUUACAUUGAUGUGGAUAAGGCCAGACAAGAUGGUAUCGUGUUUUAUAGAUCAAAGAAUAAUGUCAUCUUGUCAGAGGGCAUCCAAGGCAUCAUUGCUCCGAGGUAUUUCAAACAAGCAACUGACCGAGAAAAUCAUCGCUUGGAUCUAUAG